CGUCCGUCUUCUUCAGGCCCGACGACGAAAGCGUCUUGAGUCACGAAAGAAAGCCGGCAUGAAAGAUGAGGGAAAGGUCGUGAACAAGUUGCUUUACUGAGGGAGGUCUCGAGGUUCUUCCACGAUUCGGGGCCGCGGGCUCGCUCGGUGCGUGUGUCUAGUUUUGGUCGUGGAAAGCUGGGGGGUUGGGGAGGGAGGGUGGGGGGAGGGGGUGUUAGGGUUCAGCCUAGGUAGAGGAGGUUUUUGGUGCUUGUGUUUUGUGUUCGUUGGUUCAUUCUCCGGUGGUCGUGUUUAUCACUCCCUCACCGAAGGCUCGGAGGGCUCAACUGAGUGUAAUAUACUAGUAGGUGUGAGGUUUUGUUUAUCUGCGCGCGUGGUGCGCUUCGGUGUUUUUGUUGCGGUGGCGCGAGAAAAGUGGAAGAGCGUAAUUUGAUUAAAGAGCAGAAAUUUGGAGGUUGUGCGAGGUGUUUUGCGGUCCGGGUUGCUUUUCUGAGGUUUCGCAUUUAUCAUAAGGGAUUUGGAACGGUGGAGGUGAAGACCUGCCGUACUUAGGGAGUGGUCGUGUUGAGGUUCUUGGAGCUCGUGGUAUCGUUUCGAAUUUGUGAUACUAGGUUAAUUCUGAGGUGAAAUCGGGAGAACGGAUUGUUCGAAGAUUGUUCGAAGAAAGGAAGAACAGGAUACGAGUAGGGCAUGAUGAUGCAGUCACCGGUAGGGGUUGGACCUCCGACUCCACAGUCGAGUGACGGACAGCAGCAAUGGAUGAUGAUGCAGCAGCAGCAACAGCACCCUGGUAUGCAGCAGCAAAUGCAGCCUGGUCAGCAGCAGUCACAUGAAGAAGUAAAGACUCUGUGGGUCGGGGACUUGCAGUACUGGAUGGACGAGACCUACUUGCACGGUUGUUUUGUGCACACUGGUGAUGUUUGCACGGUGAAAAUCAUUCGCAACAAGCAGACUGGGUACUCAGAAGGUUAUGGUUUUGUGGAAUUCACCUCACACGCUGCGGCAGAAAAAAUUCUUCAGGGUUACAACGGUUCUUUGAUGCCUCAGACAGAGCAGCCAUUUAGACUUAAUUGGGCAUCCUUCGGGAUCGGAGAGAGGAGGCCUGAGGCAGGUCCCGAGCAUUCCAUUUUUGUGGGCGAUUUGGCUCCUGAUGUCACGGAUUACAUGCUUCAGGAAACGUUUCGGACCCGCUAUCCUUCCGUUAAAGGAGCCAAGGUUGUAACGGAUGCCAACACAGGACGAUCGAAAGGUUAUGGGUUUGUCCGCUUUGGAGACGAGAUGGAAAGAAAUCUUGCUAUGACUGAGAUGAACGGUAUCUAUUGUUCCAGCAGACCUAUGCGGAUCAGUGCUGCAACUCCAAAGAAAUCGCUCGGACCUGCGCAACAAAUCAAUCCUAAGGCCUCCCCCGCGGCUGUACCGUACCAAACUCCUCAAGCUUACGGUGUACCUCCAGCUGCGCCAGCCUUUCCGACCGACAACGAUCCUAACAACACAACUAUUUUUGUUGGUGGGCUCGAUCCAAGUGUAACUGAUGAAGAUCUUAGAACAGUAUUUUCACAGUUCGGAGAUCUUGUGUACGUGAAGAUCCCUGUUGGAAAGGGUUGUGGAUUUGUUCAAUUUACUCACAGAGCUUGUGCAGAGGAAGCUUUGCAAAGGCUACAUGGGACCGUUAUUGGACAACAAGCGAUCCGGCUCUCAUGGGGUCGAAGUCCCGGCAAUAAACAAGUGUCACAAGACAGACAGUCACCCGCAGGAUGGGGACAGCCACAACAAGACCCAAACCAGUGGAAUAGUGGAUAUUAUGGGUAUGGUCAAGGGUAUGAAGGUUACGGUUAUGCUCCACCUCCUCAGGAUCCCGGUGCAUAUGCCUACGGCAACUAUCCUGGUUAUGGGAACUAUCCUCAGCAGAAUGAGAUUCAGGCUGGAAUUGCUCCUACCGGCAACAUCUCCGCCCAAGCUGAGCAAAAGGAGGAAGAAGUUUUCGACCCUUUGGCCCUUCCUGGUAUUGACAAGCUGAACGCUGCGUACAUUGCCGUACAUGAGGCUCCACUACUUGGCCGGCACCUAUGGCUGAAGACAUCCGAAGGACAAGCUGCAUAGAUAAGUCGACCUAUGUUCAGGCUCACUUGAAGCAGGGUCCACAAUUAGGCUAGAAUUGCGCAGAGGUAAUAUGUUGAUGUAGUACUGAGAUAUUAGCAUCUUGCAUGUACCAUGGUCAAUAGCUAAUGAGUUUGCGAGAAGCAGGGUAGAUCCAAAGUUCUAUAUAGCAGUAGCCUAGACUUCCAACCAGGAGGAAGUACUCCGUUAACCUUCUUCUGUAUCUCCCGUGGAUCUAUUGCCAAGUCAUCUGAGGGGCUAUAUCCACAACGUCUUCAUCGCGCUGAAACUUAUGGUUGACGCAGAUUAGGGAAUUUAGGAAUCCAAUUUUGUGGUAAUGUACUGCAUCAGGUGCUGUACAUGACGUGUAUGUUAGCGCAGGCGUCUGUGAGAGACGCGGUCGUAGGUGAUCCACGGUGAAGCAAGAUCAUGGGUACUGAUGUAGUCCUGGUUGCGACUCUGACGUUUAAUGUCAGUGUUAUGUCCCGUUAAGAUUGUGGUGCAGCUUGUACAUACUACAUGACAGUUCCAGUGGAGUUGGGAGACAGCACUGAGUUCCGUCUUUAGGUUAAUUGUUUCUCCGUUUCAUCUGUUUUGAGUAUCUGACAAUCGGUAAUAUGCAGAAUUUUUCCAUCAUGUUUUCGAAAGU